CAGACGGAGAACUGACACCAUCGCGACUCUGCACAGCUUCGACUCAAUGUUUCCUCAGCGCCAAUGAAAAAGAGUGAGAGUGACAGUUGGCUGUUGACCUGUUACUGAUGUGAGCUUUCAACACCCGUUGCAUCAAAGUCCUUAACGCCUCCAUGGAGCUCAUCCAGUUUUCAUUGCUGCCUCAGGAAGUCCCUACAACUAGCUGGAUCAACAGCUCUGUCCUGUCCUACUCCCAUGUCCUGCUCCUCUCUACUCCCUCUGAACCGCUUCACAGCUUCAACCAAGAUGAUGAUUCUUUUCUCUUUAACAGCACCUGUCAAAACUGCACCAAAAGUAAACCCGGAUCCCUCCCUGGUUUGGCUGGAAUCUUCAUCCCACUUAUUUAUGGCAUAGUUUGUGUUGUUGGCUUGGUGGGAAACACUCUGGUCAUCCAUGUUGUUGUCAACUACACAAAACAUGAGUCAGUCACAAACAUCUACAUCCUUAAUCUAGCCAUUGCAGAUGAGCUUUUUAUGCUGGGUCUGCCAUUCCUGGCGGCACAGAACGCGUUGCUCUCGUGGCCUUUCGGCUCUCUGAUGUGCCGUGUUGUUAUGACGGUGGAUGCCAUCAACCAGUUUACCAGCAUCUUUUGUUUAACUGUGAUGUCAGUGGACCGAUACCUGGCUGUGGUGCACCCCAUCCGCUCUUCUUGGUGGCGGCGCCCCCAUGUGGCUAAGACUAUCAGUGGCACAGUUUGGGCGGGGUCCUUUGUAGUGGUGCUGCCGGUGGUGGUGUUUGCAGAUGUGCUGAAGGAUGAUGGAAACUGCAGCAUCGUGUGGCCUGAGCCAGCAGAAGUGUGGAAGACAUCUUUCAUUGUGUACACAUGCACUGUUGGAUUCUUCUGCCCCCUGCUGGUCAUCUGCUUGUGCUACCUGCUGAUCGUCAUCAAGGUCAGAAGUGUUGGGAAACGAGCGCAGGCCACAUCAUCCAGACGCAGGAAGUCGGAGCGUAAAAUCACCAGGAUGGUAGUUGUUGUUGUGGCGGUGUUUAUCUUCUGCUGGCUACCGUUCUAUGUUCUAAACAUUCUCAACCUCCUUGUGGUUCUGCCCGGAGACUUCAGGGGGCUCUAUUUCUUUGUUGUUGUGCUUUCAUAUGCAAACAGCUGUGCCAACCCCAUACUCUAUGGAUUUCUAUCUGACAACUUCAAGAGAGGCUUUAGGAAGGCCCUGUGCCGCGCUUCGCGCAGAGUGAACAACAAUGACAGGACAGGCAUCGAGGUCCAGAGGCCCACAGAGGAGUGGGGUGGCAUUGUACUCCAACAGCAGAUAAGUGAGGGAGCCAACCAUGUGCAUGGGAAAGACUGUAGUAGAAAUGUAGAGGAGGAGGAAAACGGUGGAACAGAAGGUGCAAUACAGAUGAGCGACAUCUGCAAGACAUCACAGAAUGGAAACCAGAGUGGAGUAAAAGAGGGCUCGAGGACACAGGUCGUGCAGAGGGGUAAUCGUGACCAGGGUGCCGCCUUUGAUCCUGCUGAGGGCGUGUCCUCUCUGGCCAGUAAAAGAAGCAGGUCGCCUGAAGAAUUCUUGAACAGAAACUCUGUGCUUGAUAUCAGCUAUCUGUAACAGACACUUCUUUUCAGCGGAGUUUGGUACCUGCCAUCAAUGUGGAGCAUAUUACAGCGAGUAAGUCUUUGAAGUUGGCUGUAAUACCAGUUUACAUUAUGUAACAUCAUCAGUGCUUUUAACCAUUAAAUGAAAGGUUAAAAAUAAUUUAACCACGACAAACCAUAAAAGCAGCCACAGUGAAACCUUAAAGACACAACAAAUUGAGACCGCUGUUUUUAAGUAUCGCUGUUCUUUUCAGUGAGACUGUUACUUUUGAAAUUAGCAACUUCUUGUGCUGAAAUGGCACCCAAUGAAUCAUGCCUGAGUGGGUAAUGACAUGACUAAUGACCCACUGUGGAAUGAAAAAAUGU